UGCUAUAUUGUUUACCUCGACCUAUCAAGAUGGGGACGUCUGGCUACAUAUUUAUCCUCACUUUUCUCUCCUUCUGUGCUGUUUUUACUGAGGCACAGUAUGAGGAUAAGAGAUGUAUCUGUAUAUGCCCUGAUCCUUCUGUCAUAAAUGGUACCAAGAGUAACCGCAUGGUCUACAAGGAACCUGUCGCCCCAAGCAAAUGUGACUGUGACAAUGUUGUAUUGCCAAGAGUAGCAGACGAUAUCAAAGGCCGUGAGCAAGAAUUUUGUCCACGUUGUGAGUGCAAGUAUGAGAGCCGUAACAGUAAUACAAUCAAGGUUGUAGUAAUCCUUGUGAUCUGGAUCAUCUCCUUGUUGGUCGUGUACAUGGCCUUCCUCCAUUGCCUGGACCCACUGCUCAAUAAGAGAAGGUCACAACCCUCUUACCAGGAACACACCAAUGAGGACGAUGAGGCAGGCACUGUUGGAGGUGCCCCAGGCAUGGCACAGCCACUUCGUGUCAGACCCAAUGUCCUCGGUCGUGUGGGACACCAACAAGACAAAUGGAAACGGCAGGUUCAAGAACAGCGUAGAAACAUCUACGAUAGACACACCAUGCUGAAUUAGUUGGUGUUAGCAGUUUUGGGAACCUAAAAUGUCCUGUGCUCAUUUUUUUUCUCUUUCUUUUAUCUUUCUUUCUUUUUCUUUUUACUUUUUAUCAUGUACAUGGAUAUUACCAAAUUGUAUGUAUUAGGUGAUUAUGAUAAAGAUCAGGGAAUAUACUUUCUAUUUGUUUAUACACAUACAUUCUAAGAUGUAAUUUUUUUUUUUUUUUUAGCAUUUUAUCUUUCUGCAUCUCUCUCCUCCUAUCAAGCCACUCUUUUCCUCUCAUCUUCUCACUCCUCAUCUCUGUUAAGCUGAUUGAUUUUGAUUAAAUGAUAUGUAUGGGCUUGAUAUGUAGUUUUUGUAUUAUAUUAUAUGUAUAUUGGCAAGCAUAGUUCCAUAUCCUUGGUAAAUAAUAUAUCAGAAUAUGAUAUGAAAGCAAUCACAUAAUAAAAGAUUUAGCAGUUGUAUGUCAUAUAUUUAAAAACAUACACUUAUUUAUUACAUAAAUUCACUGCUAAGUCACAGCAAAAAUUGUUGAUCCAUUCACUAUCAGAUAUUUUAUUUGGAAAUUGUGGUGAGAAUUUUCUGCAGAACUGAAAUUUAUGGAUGUUUCCUUAAGAAAUGCUUAUAUUUUGCAGAAAGUUUGUAAUGCAAAGUCUAGGGUAGUACAGGAAUGAGAAGGGACUAAGGUAAUAAGUCCCAAGUAAACUGAUUUGUGUAUUUCAAAAGUGGCCUGGGCAGACAUUUUUGCAUAUGUAUAGCAUGGUAGUGAAAGGCUCAACAGAAAUAAUGUAUAAAUGUUGUGUGAAAUAUGGCAUAUAGCUUCCUUGUACAACAGAAGUGAGUGUAGUUUAUUUAGUGCAUUCUGUUCUGUAACAUAUAAUCAUAUAUUUACAUAGGCAUUUUCCACAACUGAAAUAGGAAUUCUUCAGUACAGGAGACUUUGAUAUAUUUUAUUAUAGAUUUAGAAUAUCAGUGUUGCUGGACUUUAGUGAGUAUACCAUAAAGGAGAUAUUAAAAGUUUUUUAGGAUAGAAAAAGAUCCACUGUAUAUAUGUAGUACUGUAGAAAUGAAGAUUAUACAAAAUUGACAAUUAUUAUUCUAGAUGACAUUGGAUCCUUAUAAACAAACCUGUACUCACAUUAUUGGCAUAAAGUCAACAAGUGAAGUUUUUUCUUGUGAUGUUAUAGUUUAAAAAAAAUAAAGAUUCGUAAUUAAAAUAUAUGAAAGAAAGCCAGAAUUUUACUCAUGUAUGUAUUAGUAUAAAUAGGAGUUAAAUAUUUAUAAAAGAAAAGUGUACACAUCAGUGCAAUGUAUGAAUGCAUCAGUUGAUAAAGACAAGGGAGUAAGUUUUCCUUUGCACAGAAAAUCUAGUCUUACUCAAUUAGAAAUUAGUAUGUUCAUCAGUGUUCAAGAUAAAGAUAUGAAUGACUAGAUUUUUCUAAGGAUAUGUACCAGAUGUAAUCAGAUUAAGCAACAUUUUUUUCAUUCUGUUUUCCUAUUUUGUUCCUUGUAUGUAUUCUAUUUAUAAACUGAAAGUAUAUCUAAAAGUAUCAGUUAGUACUUGCUGCUACAGAUGUUACAACAACAGUUUAUUUAGGGAAAUUAGUCCUAAAGUCACAUAUAUACCUGCAUCAUUUUAUCUUCUUAAUAAUUACAUUUGAUAAAUUAGCAUGUGUUUUGUUUUUGGAAAAAAAAAUAUCACAUAUAAUGUGUUUUUGUCUUGAACUUUUUUGUGCUAAAAUAGCUUUUUCUGUAUUCAUUAACAGCUCUAUUUUUAUUGUAGAUAUUAUUACUUCCAAAUAAAAUUAUUACAUAUUACA